AUGUCAGUAGGCAUAUGCACACACGCACGACCGACUCUCAGAGAAUGGUUCAACACGCGAGGCAGCGAAUUCGUUUUGCUCCUGAUCUAUCACGUCUUUCCCUAUAAUCGAACUGUUCCUCUUGCAUACUCUGGUCUUUCUCUUCUAACUUGUCCCAUUCUACUUCUUCCUCUUCUAACUCAUCCCUCUCUACUUCUUCCUCUUCUAACUCAUCCCUCUCUACUUCUUCCUCUUCUAACUCAUCCCUCUCUACUUCUUCCUCUUCUAACUCAUCCCUCUCUACUUCUUCCUCUUCUAACUCAUCCCUCUCUACUUCUUCCUCUUCUAACUCAUCCCUCUCUACUUCUUCCUCUUCUAACUCAUCCCUCUCUACUUCUUCCUCUUCUAACUCAUCCCUCUCUACUUCUUCCUCUUCUAACUCAUCCCUCUCUACUUCUUCCUCUUCUAACUCAUCCCUCUCUACUUCUUCCUCUUCUAACUCAUCCCUCUCUACUUCUUCCUCUUCUAACUCAUCCCUCUCUACUUCUUCCUCUUCUAACUCAUCCCUCUACUUCUUCCUCUUCUAACUCAUCCCUCUCUACUUCUUCCUCUUCUAACUCAUCCCCUCUACUUCUUCCUCUUCUAACUCAUCCCUCUCUACUUCUUCCUCUUCUAACUCAUCCCUCUCUACUUCUUCCUCUUCUAACUCAUCCCUCUCUACUUCUUCCUCUUCUAACUCAUCCCUCUCUACUUCUUCCUCUUCUAUCCCUCUCUACUUCUUCCUCUUCUAACUCAUCCCUCUCUACUUCUUCCUCUUCUAACUCAUCCCUCUCUACUUCUUCCCUUCUAACUCAUCCCUCUCUACUUCUUCCUCUUCUAACUCAUCCCUCUCUACUUCUUCCUCUUCUAACUCAUCCCUCUCUCUUCUUCCUCUUCUAA